AAAAACACUUCGGUUGACGACUUCUUUUUGUUAAUGGAAAUGUUGAUGUUACAUCACGGUGAACAUAGAGACGAACAAUCGCUAGCUGCUUCAGUUAAUUCCUGGCAAUCUGCAGGGGAGCUGCAGAAGCUCAGCGUCCAGUAGUGUGUACUACCACUGAUCAGAGUCUGCUCAGUUCCGCAGAGCACAGUGCAAGGCCACACCCCCGUCCUUACUCAUCAGCUGUCUAAUUCAUCUUCACUUUUCUCCUGCUGACUCACUGCCCGUCAACUCUGUCAGCCCGUGUGAUUUACAGUUCUUUCUAUCUCUCUCUGCGAGGAGAAGAAGAAGAAGAAGAAGAAGAAGCCUUUCCUUUCGAUCCUUUGCUUUCCUUCUUCCUAUGGCCUCUCUGGCGCUAUGUUUCAACAACCCCAACUACACCCAACCACCUCCCUUCUCCUCCUCCGCCGCCGCCGUUAAGAACAAAAAACCUUUCUCCCCUACUUACAAUAAUCAGAAUGCCCGGACGCCCCUCAGAUCCCUUUUGGUGAAAUGCUCCUCCUCCGCUCCUCCCUCAAGCUCUUCUUGUUUCACCAGUACUAACGGCGCCGCCACCGCUCCGCUUCUCCGAGAAGAAGAUAAAAAGACCCUGUUGUUUGACAAAACCGGGCUGCAGUCACCGAUAGAAGGAGAAGAAGAACCGAUAAAGGAAGACGAGAGGCCUCUGCGCGAACUCUGGAGAGAAAUCGCGGGAUGCAACGACUGGGAAGGCCUCCUCGACCCGCUCAACUCCCAUCUCCGGCGAGAAAUCAUCCGCUACGGCGAGUUCGCUCAGGCCUGCUACGACUCCUUCGACUACGACCCUCGCUCCAAGUACUGCGGCUCCUGCAAGUACCAGGGCGCUCACUUCUUCGAGAAACUGGACAUGGCUGACCGCGGCUACCACCUAAGCCGCUACCUCUACGCCACCUCCAACAUCAACCUCCCUAACUUCUUCCAGCACUCCGCUGGCCUCCGCGCCGUCUGGAGCCCCCAUGCCAACUGGAUGGGCUACGUCGCCGUCUCCGCCGACGAAAACGAAAUCCGCCGCCUCGGCCGCCGUGACAUCCUCGUCGCUUGGCGUGGCACCGUCACCUACCUCGAGUGGAUCCACGACCUCAAGGACAUCCUCUGCCCCGCUCACUUCCGCCACGCAAGCGACCCCUCCGUCAAGAUCGAGGCCGGCUUCUACGACCUCUACACGAAGAAAGAACACUCCUGCAACUACUGCUCCUUCUCCGCCCGCGAGCAGAUCCUCGCGGAGAUCAAACGCCUCAUCGACCGCUACAAGAACGACGACAAGGACCUCGGCAUCACGGUUACGGGGCACAGCCUCGGCGCCUCGCUCGCGAUUCUCAGCGCCUACGACAUCGCGGAGAUGGGCGUGAACGUGGUGCGGAACGACGACGGGUCGGAGAGGAGAGUCCCGAUCACGGUGUUCUCGUUCUCGGGGCCGCGCGUGGGAAACCUGAAGUUCAAGGAGCGGUGCGAGGAGCUGGGGGUGAAGGUGCUGCGUGUGGUGAACGUGCACGACGUGGUACCGACGGUUCCGGGACUAAUCGCGAACGAGAAGUUUCACUUCCAGAAGUUAGUCGAGGAGAAGAUGGCUUUCCCGUGGAGCUACGCGCACGUUGGGGUGGAGCUGGCGGUGGACCACACGCGCUCGCCGUUCCUAAAGGCGACGAAGGACGUGGGGUGCGUGCACAACCUGGAGGCGCACCUGCACCUGGUGGACGGCCACCACGGGCCGGGCCGGCGUUUUCGGCUGGCGACGAAGAGGGACAUUGCGCUGGUGAACAAGAGCUGCGACUUCUUGAAGGGGGAGUACGGGGUGCCGCCGUGCUGGCGGCAGGACGAGAACAAGGGUAUGGUGAGGAACGGCGACGGGCGGUGGGUGGUGCCCGACCGGCCCAGGAUCGAGGCCCACCCGCCCGACACCGCGCAUCACCUUGAGCAAGUGCUCAAGGUCCAACUGAGUAAUGAUGAUCCGCCACCACUGGAAGAGGGUGGCGGUGGUGGAGGUGGAAGCCCAAUUGAUUAAAUUUUGGUUAGUCUUGGUAGUUGAAGUAAUUAGGGAUCAAUUUAUAAUUAACUAAUGAUAAUGUAAGAUAUUGUGGAUUUAAUGACUAUGAUCAAAUUAAAUUGCACAUGUUUCAAA